AAAGAGGUAAGACGCACACACCACAUAGAGAGCGAAAGCAAGUAGAUUCGACGUGGAAGUUUUCUGGUCUUCGAAGUAGAUGGCACAAAAACAGAAUUCUGAGUACUCCGCGUUUCCGACCAAGUAAGAUCGUCAUCAGGAAAAGUAGUUACUAAUUUCUUGAAUCAAUGUGGCAUUUUUCUUGAGGUCAGGCUUGACCCUAGUCGGGGCUCCUCGCAGCCUCUCCUCGCUUUCUCGGGGCAGCACGACUAUGAGACUGGCCAUGCCAUGGACGCGGAGGGGCGUCUUCUUUCGCUCUGCUCUGGCAUACAGUGUGGUGGUGCGUCAUGUUGACGCAGCUGAUAGUCAGAUCGUUCUGAGCAUCGGACCGCUAGAAGCACUUGGAAACUGGAUUUUUCCUCCACGAAAAAGCAAAAUAGGUGUCAUUGCGGAUGCCACCUUUUCCGAAAAAGAGCAACACGCGGAUACCAGAUAUCACCAGCACAGCAACAAGAACGAAGUAGCUGCACAAAAAGGAACGACUGAGAAGCCGAAGUCGCGCCAAGUAGAGGCCACGACUGCUCGCAAUUCUGCUCGAGUAAAGGCACAUGCAAUUAUCGGUACCACAAAAACCGAGGAGAGCCACCUUGAUGAAGCCAAAAAAGAUGCUGAUGUGGCGAAAACUUCAGAGGCCAAGGCUACGAAGAAGAAUCAAAUCGCAGCCGAUUCAUCAUUGCCAGAGGUGUCUAGGAAAAAAAAGGAUGCCACGACCAGCUCGUCCAAGGGAGAUGUUGGAGCGAAUGCUGCCACGGCCAGCUCGUCCAAGAAGAGCGAUGCUGGAGCCCCUGAACCAACAACUUCCUCGUCUUCGAAAGAAAAAGGAGGUCUCGUAGUAGUAGUGAAAUCGGUAAAAUCAUCAACGAACCUUCCUAGUAGGAAAACUCAGAAAGCGAAGAAACAGAAAGAGAUUGUACAGAAAGAAGUCGUUAAGGCAGUCGCCGCUAGAAAUCAGGCCAGGGGCGAGAAGAAUGAAAACCAGGCUUCUAUGAACGACGGCAAAGAGGCAGCGAAAAUGAAUCAGGCUCCUGCAAUCAUGCGCGGCAAUCCUCUCUUCGUUUCUCCUUCCCCGAACGUGCAACAGGAGAUCCUUGCGGAGACACAGAGCAACUCAGAAGACAUCGAGGCGUGUCUCAACCAGCUAGCCCUUGCUGCACCAGAGGUAACACUACCUAACUACGUAUGGUAUGAUUUCGCAAGAGGCCAGAAGUGAAAAAAAAAUCGUUUUUCUGGUAAGUCCGCACCUGCGCCGUCGUUGUCCGUUGUAUCACUUUUUUCAGGCCAAACGAGACUUAUCGUCUGUUUCAUCUAUGGUUGAGUAGGAUCAUCUCUCCAGGAACCUAAGACCGCGCAAAAUCUCACCUACAAAAAAAGGCACUCCCUGGCGGGCUAUACGUCACUUGUGAGAAGCUUCUCAAGAGCCGGGCAGAGGCGACAAUGAGCAAAGCAAAGCGGGCUGAUCGCACUAAAAGCGAUGACUUGAUAGCGACUGGAAAAACGCCAGCAGCCGGUGCUUCGAAAUCGUUGUUGGCGAACGCCAACUCUCCAAAUAGCAACGACGGGAAAACGAAGUCAAAACCACGUGCCUCCAGCACAUCAUCAAGAGCAAGUACAACAUCCUCCAACAAAGAGGUGAGAACAAGUGAUGGACAACGAGCUGCAUCAACAUCUGUUGAUCGUGAAGUUAUCGUACAACCAACAUCCUCUCCUGCUUCUGCAAGGCCAGCAUCGUCUUCUGUCUCGACAGACUCAGACCCGACCGCGGCGACAAGCUCUUUCUCGCUGACGUGUCAGAACUUGGUAUCGCACGUUCGUUCUCGCACCAUCGACUCUGCUGAGGGAUCCUCCACUCCGCUAGACAGCAUUGUCGGCUUCAGCGCCGAAGAAGCGAGUGCAUUGCAAAAGUGCAGUGAAUCCACCUCAACUUCGUUCGGAGCAAAGGGCUUUGCAGCAGCCGCGCUCUGUGAGGACAUGGCGCGGUCUUUUGUCACAAUGGGCGCACCGAAAGUCGCGAGCUUCUGCGAUGUCUACGAAACUAGUCUACGUCAUCGCAUGAUCGCGAGCAGAAGUGUGGAUGCAAUCUCGGGUUCGAAAGGUGAUGCAGAUUCGAAUGCUGAGGAAAAGUCCUCGCCCAAAAAAAUCGACCAAGAGCGGUCCGACGAUCUACUAGUCGACUCAAUCGUCGAUGCAAUUUAG